AUGACCGAUCAAGGAACAGAGUUUUUAAACAAACAUUUUCGAGCGUUGAUGAAAGAAGAAGACAUCGAACUGUAUACCACGUACAACGAAACGAAAGCUUCUAUCGUAGAACGUCUCAUUCGUACUCUGAAGACCAAAAUGUGGCGUUAUUUUACUGCCAAGAAAACCAUGAGAUACUUGGACAUGUUACCCGAUUUGGUAUAUUCUUACAAUCAUAGUGUUCAUCGUAGCAUAAAGACAAAACCCGCGGAAGUAACUGCUGAAAACGUAAAGAAAGUGUGGCAUAUUGCAAAAGGUGAUCAAAGAAGUCGACGUGUACGAAAUUGA